AUGGUGCAGAAGUCUCUGGACGGCGGCGUCUACCCAACUCAAGCCGAGGAGAGGAAGCACCGGGUCGGCUUCGUCGGACUGGACCCUGGCGCCCCCGAGUGCGGCAGGGAUGGGGCGCUACUCAUUGCGGGCUCGGAGAGCACCAAGCGGAACAGCAUCCUCUGCAGACCGAGGUCCAGCAUCUCCGCGGGGAGACCCAGACCGUCGAAGAAGAACGCCAGCUAUCGGAAGCUGCAGAAUUUCCUGUACAACGCGCUGGAGAGACCGCGGGGAUGGGCGUUCAUCUACCACGCUUACGUCUUCCUCCUGGUUUUCUCCUGUCUCAUACUUUCGGUCUUCGCCACCAUCAGAGAGUUCAAAAACAGCUCAGAGAGUGCCUUGUACAUCCUGGAAAUUGUGACUAUCGUGGUGUUUGGGGUGGAGUACAUUGUGAGGAUAUGGGCCGCUGGCUGCUGCUGUCGGUACAGAGGAUGGAGAGGGAGGCUCAAAUUCGCCAGGAAGCCUUUCUGUGUCAUAGACAUCAUGGUGCUGAUCGCCUCAGUGUCCGUGCUGGCGGCUGGAUCUCAGGGCAAUGUGUUCGCCACCUCGGCCAUCAGGAGUCUGAGAUUCCUGCAGAUCCUGCGCAUGCUGCGCAUGGAUCGCCGCGGAGGCACCUGGAAGCUGCUCGGAUCCGUAGUGUACGCCCACAGCAAGGAGCUCAUCACGGCGUGGUACAUAGGCUUCCUGUGUCUCAUCCUGGCUUCAUUCCUGGUCUACUCAGUGGAAAAGGAGUCAAAUGAGGAGUUUGAGACCUAUGCUGAUGCUCUUUGGUGGGGACUGAUCACUCUCACCACCAUUGGUUAUGGUGAUAAGGUUCCCAAGACGUGGAAUGGACGCUUGCUGGCAGCCACAUUCAGCAUGAUCGGGGUGGCCUUCUUUGCUCUUCCUGCUGGCAUCCUGGGUUCUGGCUUUGCCCUCAAAGUCCAAGAGCAACACAGGCAGAAACAUUUUGAGAAGAGGCGUAACCCUGCAGCGGGCCUCAUCCAGGCUAUGUGGAGGUUUUAUGCCACCAACCUUUCCCGCACAGAUCUGCUGUACACUUGGGAUUUCUACGAGCAGACUGUAGCCAUCCCAAUGUACAGACUUAUUCCACCUCUGAAUCAGCUGGACCUGCUGAGGAAUCUGAAGGGCAAGUCAUUCAGGAAGGAGUCUCAAAUGGAAACCUCUCCCAGUAGUGAACAUGCACACAAAGACAGACUUUGCGGGUGCUGUCCGAGACCUAUUAGCCGGAAGGCCAGCCUCAAGGACAAGGUGUUCCCCAGUCCCUCCAAGGCUCCCAUGUCCAAGGGGAAAGCCCAUUCCCCGGGUCCGGAAGACGGAGCCGAGGCGAGUCCCGGCAAAGACGCCAAGAGCUGGAGCUUCAACGAGAAGAACCGAGGGCCAAAGCACUCCUUCAGGGCCAGGGGCAGCGCCUCGCGGCAAAACUCCGAGGCAAUUGAAGGUUUAAUAAAGGCGAGCCUCCCAGGAGAGGAAAUUGGCGACGACAAGAGCUGUCACUGUGAGUUCCUCACUCAAGAAUUACCAGCAGGCCUGAGGGUGACAAUAAGGGCAAUCUGCAUCAUGAAGUUUCUGGUGUCAAAGCGGAGGUUCAAAGAGAGCUUGCGGCCUUAUGACGUCAUGGAUGUGAUCGAGCAGUACUCGGCAGGUCACCUGGACAUGCUGUCCCGCAUCAAGAACCUGCAGUCCAGAGUUGACCAGAUAGUUGGUAAAGGUCCUAAAGCUGAGGGAGAAGCGUCCGAUGACCAGAGCAUGAUGGGACGUCUGAUCAAAGUGGAAAAGCAGGUGAUCGGCAUGGACAGGAAACUGGAUUUCCUGGUCAACAUGUAUGUGCAGCGCAUGGGCAUCCCUCGUUCGGAAACCGAGGCCUUUUUCCACUCCAAGGAGCCGUAUCCGGCACCGCCUUACCACAGCCCGGAGGAGUGCAAGCUGGAGAAGGAGGAGGAGGAGGUGAAGGAGGAGAAGGAGUUGCAGACGUGCUCGGCGGCAGCUGCUCCGUGCUCGGAUGGGUCUCUGGAAAAGAAAGAUCCUUUGCUGGGUCGGCACGUGGCCAGAUCGGUGGGCACCUCCUCUGGCAGCCACGGCAGCCACAGCCGCCCCUCUACCUCCUGGCAGCACCAGCUGCAGCACCCCCUCAGCCAGCCCGCCUGGAACAGCAGCGUGGCCAACACGCCCUCGCCGGUCGGUGGCUGCGGCGAUCACUCGCCAAACCUGUUCCGCCUCCCGCCCCCGCCUGCUCCGGUCCACGACCGGUCCUCCUCCGGCCCCGGCGUCAGCGGCAGAGAGAGCGGCUCCCGGAGCAGGAGACGCCACAGGAGGCGUCAGCAGGACACUGCCGCCGUGGAGAGCGACACGUCCCUGUCCAUCCCGUCCGUCGACCACGAGGAGCUGGAGCGCUCCUUCAGCGGCUUCAGCAUCUCCCAGGCCAAGGAGGACUUCUUUGGGCCCUCUUUCUUCAUGGGCUCCGGAGCCGGAGCAGGGACUGAGGCCGCAGCCGGACCUGCACUCUGUGCCAAGGUCAGACCCUUCAUAGCAGAGGGGGAAUCGGACACAGACUCUGACCUCUACGCUCCCUCACCUCUGUCCUUCACCGGGGAGGAGUCAUGUGCAGAACGGGCGUGGCCAAGACUAAAGUAG